GAAACCGCAAAUUGCUGUUUCAGCCUUGGUGACAGCUCCCGGCGAGUGUUGACCAGUCGAGACAAGUACUGCCACGUAGGCACCCUCUUCUUUAAAUAUGCGCCCGACCUUUGACUUCACCAGUCCAAUUCUCCAGAUUUUAUUUGCAGACAACAUAAACAAAACAAAAAGAAAAGAAGUCUCGGCAAUGCAGAAUCUAAUGGCGAGGCGACUCGAUCAGGGAAUCUCCGGCGAACAAAAUCAGCACGCGCCGCCGCCGCUCACCUUCGAGCAGGAGUGCGCCGUCGUGGUCUCCGCCUUGAAGAAUGUCAUCAUCAACGGAAAUUACAGCAUUUGUUCAUCGUCUUCAUUGUUAUCUCCUCCGGCGGCGUUCUCCGCCGCCGGAGAAACAGAGGCCCCUCCUCCGGCAGGGGAGCCGCUGCUGAGCUUACCGGAAGGUUACACGUGUGGGGUUUGCAUGAUAUCCGGCUGCUUGGGCUGCAACUUCUUCGGAGAGCCAAGUGACAUUAUUUCCCCUAAGAAGAAAAUGAAGAAGAAGAUGAAGAAGACGAAGAAGAAGAAGAAGUUCAAGGGAGUGAGACUGAGGCCGCGGGGGAAGUGGGUGGCGGAGAUAUGGGUCCCGCGAAGGUUGGGUAAAGUGUGGCUCGGAACAUUCAAGACCGCCGAGGAGGCGGCUCGAGCUUACGAUCGAGCCGCCAUCGAGUUCCAGGGCCCACAGGCCAAGCUCAAUUAUGAGCUCACGGAUUAUAUGCCGACGAAAAGCUCCCAUCCAGCAGAACAGCCGGCGCAGUCAUUGCAUGAAGAGGACAAUAAGAAUGCCGCCGGGAAGAUGGAGGCGGGGAAGAACAGUACAAAUGAAGAAGAAGAUGAAGGGUUUGAGUUGGGGGAGGAAGAAAUGGAAGAAUGCUUGAAGACAAUUGCUCUUCUUAGCUAGCUAGUCCUUGAUUAGAAAUAAAUUACUCCAUGCGAAUGUGAUGGAUUUUGCUAUUUUCGGGUAUCGACCCGAUGAACUCGGCAUCGUAUUCAUACAAAAUCUGAGAAUUAAAUUAUGAAUCUAAUAAAGAAAAUAUUUUAAGUAGG